UCAGGUUUCAACAAUAAAAGAGAAAGAAUGUAUCGGAAUCCUUGAUAAUGAAAAAAAUUUGUCUUGGAUUGCUCGCAUAGUUUAAGCAACAUUGGCAAUGUUUAUGAGUCAGAGAAGACCUAUUGAUUUUUGCUGGUUGGUGACCAGGCAGAUAGCAGAAGAGGGAAUCGUAGACUAUAUUGGCUACAGAAUCACAUGGACAUUAUAUACACACUGACGAUCACAUUGUUACAGCCUACCGAUCAGCAAACCACGUGCAGCUUCAGAUAACAACACCAUUGGAUCAAAUUCUGUCAAGAAGUGAUGCUUCGAUAUUACUUCUCUUUUUCCGAUUGGGAAUAAUCCUGCAAUUUUUUCCGGGAGUCAUUAGGAUUUUCACACUUGUUCCUGUCUGAGAAAUUGAAAACAAAAUGCAGUCAUUGAUCCAUCCGAAGUUCUGAGACAAGCAAAAUGCAUGUGCAUUUUGAGCAGAACAAUUCAACGCGAACCGAAUGUACGAUCCACUCCUUGUCAUGGAUGGGAAAAGUACCGGAUGUACCAGACAACAAUGGUGGAUGGAAACUGAACCGAAACCAGUAUUAUAUGGAGGGCUGGCUGGCUAGUGGAAAUGCCAAGGGUGUUGUGGGUGUCACCUUCACCACCAGUCACUGCAAGAAGUACGAUCCACCACCCCGUAGUAAUUUUAAUUUGAGAGGUCACAAAAGUGAGGUAACUUUAGUUCGCUGGAAUGAACCUUACCAGAAACUUGCCACCUGUGAUGGUCAGGGAGCCAUAUUUGUUUGGAUAAAACAUGAAGGAAGAUGGUCCACAGAACUGAUCAAUGAUAGAAAUAGUCAGGUGACUGACUUUUCUUGGUCCCAUGAUGGCAGAAUGGCCCUGAUCUGUUACUGUGAUGGUUUUGUUCUGGUUGGGUCCGUGGCUGGUCAAAUGUAUUGGUCGUCUAUGCUUAACCUUGAUCAGACCACCAUUACCUGUGGAGUGUGGUCUCCUGAUGAUCAACAGGUUCUGUUUGGUACUAUGGAUGGACAGAUCAUUGUGCUGAGUUCUACAGGUACCAUGAUAACACAAGUGAUGGUGAUGCAAGGAACAGAGAUUAUCUCCCUUGCAUGGUCCUGUGAAAAGUUUAACAUGGACGAGUCCUCAAUGGAGCAGAAUGAAAACCUUACAGCCCCUAAUGUGUCGACACCUAAAUCCAUGGAUGCCGUUUUGGCGGUGUGCUUUAAGAGUGGUGCCAUAUACUUAAUGUCAAACUUUGAUGAUCUGCAUCCUAGGAUCAUCUACACCAACCUCAAAGGAUCCAUUAAAUUGGACUGGUCCAACUGUGGAGAGGUGUUAGCUGUCGGGGGAUUCACAAGAUUACCAAAUCUUCAGUGCCAAAAUGAAGUUCAUUUUUACACAAAAGAGGGACAACUCCUACAUAGGGUUUAUCUCCCCUGCCAGGGUAAACCUCUGAGUGCCCUAUGCUGGGGCCACAAUGACCGCCGCCUUUUUGUGGCAGCAGGGUUCAACCUCCACGUGGCAUGGGUGAUGAAGAAGGUGCCACCUUUACAAUUCCUCUGCCAGAGAGUCAUACAGAUUUGUAUAAAAAGUGAGAAACUAAUAGGAAAACUACCUCUGCCCAUGAGACUCCAUCAUAGCGUUCAAACCAUGUUCUCACCAACUAUCAAGAGCUACAUCCCAGACCCUUUCAAGCUACGUGAGUUCAUCUGUUCCCCUCCCCCAGCUAGUGAGCGACUGUUCUGUACCAUGAUCAGGCAUGGGGAGGAAACAUCAGGAGGGCAUUAUACAAUGUACCUGGAGUACCUUGGGGGGCUGAUACCCUUACUGAAAGGGAAAAGGGCCAGCAAACUUAGGCCUGAUUUUGUCAUCUAUGAUCCUAAGAUAGGGGCAAAAGCUGGAUAUAAUGAUGACCAGAAUACUCCGGAGUUUGACUUUGAAGCCAGCUUAACCGACUCUGAUGAAGAUAUUCCUUCUGAUGGUUGUGGUUCUCCUAGAAUGCAACGCAAAAAACGACCCAAAAUUUUCAGAGCAAAGAAAGUGGACAGAUCUAUUACUUUUCGUACACUCGAUGAACUUUUAUACAAUGACAGUCUUCCAGAGAGUAAUAAACUGGUAGAAGUGACCUCAAAUAUUUGGGGGACCAAGUUUAAGCUGACAGGCCUAGCACCAUUCCUUCCAGAGGAUCUGGGAAAUGUCCUGUAUAAAACCAGUCUCCUACACCUCCAGCCAAGACAAAUGACCAUCACCAUUACUGCUCUCAGCACAGUGAAUCAACCCUUGUCCAGGGAUCCUAACUUUACCCCUGCCGGACAAUGUGAUGAGGAAGGGGAUAGCAGAUCAUAUGAUGAUUUCGCUGUUGAUCCAGAUGACAUUGGAUUUGAAGAUGGAAUGCUUGUGUCAGAAACAUGUAAUGGUGAUAAUGCUAAUCAACUAACAAGCCAUGUUUUCAUGGAUAUAAAACUAUCUUCAAACUCAACCAAUCAAAAUGAUGAAAAGGUAUUGUGCGAUAUCAGUGGAAAUGUGAGUAGUAACUACAAUGUAUUAAAUGGUGAAAGACUUCAUUGGUCUCCAAACAUGAAAAACAGGACUCUUUCUCCUGCCUCUGAAUCAGUUGCUCAAAACAAUGCCUUUAACACUUUGGAUAAUUCUGUUAUCAAGGACAAGCUCAUAGGUCAAGGUGCAAUUCCAAAGGUAAGGAGUGUUGCUCAAAAUGGCAGCUCAUCAGAAGUGACUGUGGGAACACCUACCGGGGAGACAUUAAUUCAAACAAAUAAUUCAUCUUCAAUGAGAACUAGUUUACAUAAUGAAGUUUCAAAUAUAAUGAAGGAUGGGGAUGAGAAUCGGUGGGCAGAUUUGGCAAAUCCCGGCAUCAAAUUCAUAGAUGAUGAGGGAUUAAACAAUCGAGCCUCUGAAAAUUCAGACAAUAUGGCAGGAAUAAUUUGUGAUUCUAGUCAAUUGACUCCAACCUUUUCUGAUAACCAGAAAAGAUUGUAUUUAGAAACCCUAACAAAUGUAGACUCUGAUGCAAUUAUCUGUGAUCACAGUCCAGAGCCCUCGGAAACUGGUGAGGAAUCAAACACAAUGUUAGGGUCUUUAGAAGAUGUGCAUAAAGACACAUGUAGAAGUAAUAGUGUAUUCUCAGGUGCUUCAUGUUCUGUGUUUCAUUACGAUGAUGAAGUGGUUGAUCCUGAUUCUUUCACUCGCAAAACUUCUAGUUUAGAAAUCUGUCAUAGUGCCUCUCUGCCAAAUUCUCCCUUGCACAGGGCUGCAGAUUCUCCAAUGAGAGAUAUAAGAGAAGAAGUUCUUCAGGGCACUUGUAAGCACUAUAGUCCUAUAUUUAAACGGAAAUCAAGACAUUUUAAUCCAAGAAGUUACCAUCAUAAGGAAAAUGAACAGGCUUUUGAGGACAUUAAGUACUCCCAGAGUUUCAAGAAUUUGGAGACCUUCCAGAAAACGCAGCUAAAACAGAAGCUUCAGAAGGUACGGAAAAGAAGUGAAGACAGGGGAAGGUCGAGAUAUCCACACCUGGGGUAUCGCCAAUUUGUCAUGCAUAAUAAAGCUCCUCUAUGGAAUGAGAACAGUCAGGUCUAUCAGUUGGACUUUGGAGGAAGGGUCAGUCAGGAGUCAGCCAAAAAUUUCCAGAUUGAGUUCCGAAGUCGCCAGGUGAUGCAGUUUGGAAGGAUUGGUAGCAAUGCUUACACUUUGGAUUUCCAGUAUCCUUUCACUGCACUCCAAGCAUUUGCCGUGGCGCUGGCUAAUGUGACUCAGCGACUAAAAUAGAAUCAAACACUAAGCAAGAGGAGAACAGGGUAUCCUUUUCCCACAACGGAAAAGACCUUGUUUUCUGAAAACAGCUAUUCAGAUAUUCAAAAUAAUUCAAUUUGAAAGAGAUUUAAAUAUGGUUCUUUAUUGUGCAUUGGUAUAUUUAAAAUAUCUGUACUUUUGCAUUUUUUUUUAUUUUUUGAGUUUGGAAAAUGACGAUGAAUCACUGAGAUUUACAGUGGGUUAUAAACUAUUUAUUUGUCCUCAAGUUCAGUUUAAGAUUUUCUUAUUUAUUUCAGCAGGCUGUAAAUUAUUGUUUGUAUGCAUAAUGUUUUUAUCUCUUGCGAAGCAAUUUGAUCUCAUUGCUUGUUAGCCAUUAUUAAGUAAUGAAGCCCAACCAGCAAAUUGUUGGAAUAGAGUUUACAAUGCCUAUUUAUAUAACCCUGUCAUAACAAUUUGUCGCUAUUUAUAACUUCGUACCAAAUGUACAUUACUUUGCAUAUGAUUUUUGUGUAAAUUUUAAAUUCUUCCAUUCAAUUUUUAAGAAAGGUAGAUCUUUGAGUCUCAAUAGCUGUUUUUUUCCCCUUUGUAACAGUGAUUAAAAUCGUUUCUUUAAGUUAAAACUCGUUGUCAUUGGAUUAUAAAACAUAUAGUA